ACCUACACACAGACACGGCUACACACACACACGGCUACAGACACGCGCACGCGCAUACGGACGGGGGCGCGCGAGCGAGCAGGCGGGCGCGCGCGCGGCACCCACGAACCCGCACGCACAUUCCGAGACUCGCCGAGGAAAUCAGGUCAAGUCUCCCGUCAAGAAGGCAUUGAUUUAUGAUACAGCGCGACUGGGCGACGUCGUCGUCAUCAUCGUCAUCUCCGCCGGCAGCAUCACCACCAGCAUCACCACCAUCGUCAUUAUCAUCUUGUACCACCACCACUAAGCAGCAGCAGCAGCAUCAGCGUCGUCGUCUGCCAUCGUCGUCGUCAUCAUCAUCAUCAUGGAUGCGCGCGGGAGCGACGGGGCAGGAGGAGUUGGAGGCGGCUCGGCUCUCGGCGGCCGCGGAUUCGCAGCUGCCGAGGCUCGGAGCGCGCACGCGGUGGGCUCCGAGCAGCUGGAUUCGCGCCAUCUCGUCCGGGGCCAGAGCGAGGACGGAGGAGGAGGAGGUGGUGGUGGCGGCAUAGGUGGUGGUGGUGGUGGUGUUGGUUGUGGUGCCGGCGGUGUUGCUGGACAAGGAGGCAUGGUUUCUCCACAGUCGUCGGGUGCGCCACCGCCGCCGCCGUCCUCUUCGUCGUCGUCAUCGUCGUCAUCUCGCCCUGAGAAUGAUCACGAUCCUUACUCGGAACAGCAGCAGCAGCAGCAAUACUCGUACCAGCAGUACCAGCCGUACCCGUACGCUCACCCCUAUCACCACCAGCAACAGCAGCAGCAACAGCAGCAUUAUCCCUACCCUCGAGUUCCAGGUUCGGAUAAGGAGUCGGGUAUUUGCUGCAGCACAACUGCUUCAGCUGCUGGCGGCUACAUGCAGGGCGAGCGGCGUGCGGAUGAAGGUGUGUGCAACAAGGCAAGUCCACACCAUCAUCACCACCACCAGCAGCAGCAUCAUCAUCAUCAACAGCAGCAGCAUCACCAUCAGCAGCAGCAUCAACAACAGCAGCAGCAUCAUCAUCAACCGCAGCAGCAGCAGCAACAGCAUCACCAGCAGCAACAGCAAGGUCGGCCUCGUUUGCUGGUAAAGAGGCGUUUGGAAAAUUUGAAGGUGUCUCCGCCAGCCUUUCUGCCGGGAGAUCCCUACUCAUUUGAAGAUGAACCUCUCCUCAAGAAUGGUGUGGUUACACAGGUGGAUGCUUGGAAUGUCAUGGCAAGACAGGAUAAGCAAUACAGAAGUCUGGAAGACAACAUGCAGAGCUACACGACCCCCGUGGGAUCAGGCGACAUGCUGUGGAACCGUGGCAAGGACGACAGCGAGCGUCUCUUCCAGCGCUACCCGAGCGCCAAGAAGCAGUGGGGCAGCACGCCGGCCAAGGGCAAGCGCGGACGCAAGGCCGGCUCCUCGCCCAAGCCGUACGCGCCCAGCCCUGGCCGACAGGGCCCAAAGCCCCUCGGGGCCGAAGGGGACGGGCUGAGCGAGUCGCCUCCAUCUGCGGGGCAGCAAGGGGGCAGUUUCCGCGGCGGUGGUGGCGGAGGCGGUGGUGGCGACGGGAGUGAUGAGCCACGGGCUCGGAGCGAAGCACAGGCCGAUGAGGCGGCCAUGGCAGCCGUAGUGGCUGCUGCGGCAGCGGCUGGAAGCCCUGGAGCGGUGGGGUCAGAGUUCGACCUUGGCUCAAGCAACGGCGCGGCCGCUGCACUGCCCAUGCCGCUGCCGACCAAUAUGGCAGCGUCGCUCGUGCACCUAAACCGGCUGGUGAACCGCAUGCUGCCGCCGCUGUCGCCCUACAGCGCCGGCUCCUACGCAGCGGGGGGGCCCAGCACAGUCGGAGGCGUGGGCCCCGGCGUGGGCCCCGGCGUGGGGCCCGGAGUAGGGCCAGGUGUUGGUCCGGCCGGAGCCGGAUUGUUUCUGCCGGGUGACGCGGGGCUUGGUGGACAAGGCUCAGCGCAGCAAGCGCUGUACUCGCACCAGCAGCCGCUCAACGGAUUCGCCUACCAGGGCCUGUACGGGUACGGGAGCCCCCUUUACCAGGGCAGCCACAAGGAGAUGGUCCCUCAGCCCUCUGUUGACUCCCCUCUUUGCUUCAGCAACGAAGUGCUGAAGCACUACCAGGCGGGCGGGCGCGAGGACGACGUGGCGCGAUUCGCCGGCGUGCCCUGUCAGGGCCGCGAGUGGCUCCACACGCCGGAGCUGGGACCUGAGCGUGACCUGCAGGCGCAGAUCGGAAAGAUGAAGGACGUGCAGCCCACAGUGAUGCCACUUUCCCAGGAUCAGCAGCUGCCAUACUACAUGCCACAGGGUAAAGUUCAAGGGUCGGAGGUGAAGACGGGAUGGCUGGAGAAUGACCUCGUGUCUCCCAGCAUGUUUGGGUUCUAAGCGAGCCGUGACAUUGCGCUAGAAAUAAUAGAAUUAAAAACCUCUGCAUGAAAUGCUCCAAAGUUAAGAAGUAAAAACGUAAACAAGAAAAAUGUGUACAGGAGGUAAAACAAAUACCAAUAAAAAAAUUACCCAGACCGAUCAUUGGCAUGGCUGUUAAAGGUCGUGCUUUUUAAGAAAAAUGUUAGUAUUUUAAUUUGUUUUUGUACAAUUAUUUUUUGAGAUGUGACAUCUUUUGUUUACGUCUCUUACAAGACUACCUGAAAGUAUUAUUUGUAAGCGUGGUUUUUUUACAUUACAGUUAUGUGCAGAGUCACCGAUUCGUUGGCGCAGUGAGAAAACUCUUCAUGGGUAUAACGAUGACGACGACCACGACGGGAUCUUUGCGUUUAAAGUAAACAUUGGGGUCACGAGUCAGUGCCGUGCGCCGGAUCAUGCGAGCGCGGCUGCACUUUCCUCGCAACCUCGCCCACCUAAUUUCUAGACGAUGAAGCCAUUUUUUUAAGCAUUUCACAAAACAAGUACACGAUGCCCGUGAAACCUUCCCUCCCCCCCCCACUCUCUCCGUUCCAGUGGAUCGUUGUUGGGCUCAUGUGUGUUUUUUUAAGUUAUGUUAGAUAUUUGUUUUGUCCUUUUUUUAAAAAAAGCUUAGGAACCACUUCCAUUAGACACUCGCCCUAAGCCCUGACAGGUCUCGCGUUGUUCUCAUCUAAGGCGCGGUAACUGUUUUUAAAAGCGUUUGUGUAGCUGUGUUGGGUGUACGCUUUAUUUUUUAACAAAAUAAUGAUUUUUCUGUCCGUGUAAGUUAAGCCUGUAUAGUAGAUGGUUCCGCGGUUAGUAAAAAAAAAAUUAGAUUAAAAAAAAUAAUUAAAAAUUAAGCGAUACAAAUUGUUUUCUUGUGUAAUCCGUGCUGGCAGCCUAUUUUUGUAUCGUGAAAUAGCCGAGGUCUUUGAGUUUGGUGCACGUGUGUGUUUUGACUUUGUAUCCAAUAAUAUUGUACGUGCACAGGGUCGCCUGUAUUUCAGCCUUGCAAGGUAUGUUCAACAUGCCAACGUGUAAAUGAAAAUGCGAAACCACAUUCAAAUAAAAUCUGUGUUAAGGGCCAAUUCCA